AUCAAUGCAAACCUGAAAAAAAUUAGAAUGUAACAUCUGUUAAAUCUGAUUAAUGCUAAUUGUAUUAUCUUGUCACAUACGGUGAUUUCCAGGUCUUCUUUUUCCAACAUGCUAGUAUUCAUCCAAAUCCUCUCCCUUGCUGUUGCAGCUCUUGCUCUCGACUGCCCACCGAAAGAUAAAGUAUAUCCUUGCUCUUGUGCUGAAGAACAAGGUCGGAUAACAAUAAAUUGCGAAGGAUUUAACAGCAUAUCUGAACUCGAACCUGCUGUGAAAAACACGAUCGGCUAUAACGUAAAUUUCGGAUUCUAUCGUUCGCACUUAGGGGCUAUUCCCUCUGACUUCUUCAAAGGCCACACAUCCGUUAAGAUUAGUUUUCAGGAAUGCAUAGUAUUUUCAUUUGGGGACACUCCAUUUAGUGGACUUGAGGAUUCAUUAGAGAUCUUGGACAUUUAUACGGGAAUUGAUCAGAGUGUGACAAAAACGGAUACAUUCAGACUGGGACAUCUGAAGAAACUGAAAUAUUUCACUUUUGGUCACAAUGAUAUUGCUGAAUUGGGAAAUCGAUGGUUUGAAGAUGGACCUGCGUCAAUGCAACAACUAAGCCUAGAGUCAAAUAAUAUUGAAAAAGUUGGAGAUAAAGCGUUGUCUACUUUGGUGAACCUUGAGCAAUUAUUUGUAAAUAACAACCACAUAAAGGUUGUGGCCAGAUCUAUGCUGCCAAAUCCAGCUAGAAAUCUUUGGGUAUUGGAAGCUAAAACAAAUGAAAUUGAAGAACUACCAUCUGAUACAUUUGAAGGAUAUCCAAGUCUAAAAAUUGUGAACCUCUCCCAAAACAAGUUAACCUCCAUAACAGAAAGUGUUUGGGGUAAAGUCUGGAGUCAGCUUCGUUCAGUGUACCUUGAAGGAAAUGACAUAAUUUGCGACGGAAAUUUGAAAUGGAUAUACAGACAGAAGUUACCUGCUGAUUUUAAAGGAAAAUGCGGCCCAGGCAAUAAUCUACAGAGCAGAGCCUUAGAUUCUUUAAAAUUGGAAGAUUUUCAAUAAAAUAAUUACAAGAUUGAA